AUGGCGGACAAAGAAGGCUAUCUCGCGAAACCGUCAGGCGAGUGCUGCUUGAAAGGCUCCCUUCACGAAGGUGAGCCGAGAGGGCGCACCGAGACCGUGGCCGGCAUUGAGACAUAUAUCUCAACUCCCCAGGGCAAGAACAACGGCAACAUCGUCCUUUACUUCCCUGAUGUGUGGGGAUUCUUCAACAACGGAUUCCUGGUGAUGGAUGGACUCGCGGAUGCCGGCUACACAUGUAUAGGAUUGGAUUAUUUCCGGGGAGACCCGGUGUGGAAACACCGCAAGGGCCGCGAUGACCCUGCGCCAGGUUUCGAUUAUGAGGCUUGGAAGAAGAAGCACAUCGCAUUCGCAGACGAGGCAGUGCCGGGUUGGGUCGAAGCUGUCAAGGCUAAGUUUGGCACGCCAACGACCAAAUUUGCGUGCGUGGGGUACUGUUUCGGGGCUCCAUAUGUCUGCAACGAGCUGGCUAGGGACAUCUGCACUGCAGGCGCCUUCGCCCACCCGGCGUUCUUGAAGGAGACACAUUUCCGACAGCUCAAAAAACCCCUGUUUCUGUCUUGCGCCGAGACCGACCACACAUUCGGGACUGACGCACGCAACGAGGCCAUCAAGAUCCUCCAGGAAGACAAAAAGCCAUACAACUUGCAGCUAUUCUCUGGGGUGGAACAUGGGUUUGCGCUUCGUUGUAACCUGGACAAUCCCUAUGAACGCUAUGCUAAGGAAGAGAGCCUAAGAGCCAUCGCCAAAUGGUUCGAUUUCUGGCUGACACAGUAA